AUGUACUUCGCCAAAGAGAGCAGCGCAUCGUACGACGUGAAGAAGGAAUAUAAUAUAUGCAAUCCGCAGCAUCGUGCGAUGCGUUUACUGAGCAGACGUUACGAUCUGACGAAUACGGGCUAUAAAUUUUUGGAAAUUGGAAUCAACGUUGGUCCACCGAGUUACGGAGAUCGUUCUAGGAGAUCAUCGCGGACACGAACUGUCGCUGUCUCUCGAAACUUGGAAGAGUCUCUACGAGCAGCGAUGGAAUAUUUACAAAAUGCUUCGAAAUGAAUAC